AUGGACAGCAUCUUACCUCAUGUCUUGUCUCCCCAUAUCUCGAUCUACACCAACAGCCACGGUCGCUACUUUGGGCAAGACCACAUAUGGGCAGCCGUUGAAGUCUCCGGCAUUCUGUCGCACGCAUACUCAGCGGACGGAACUGGUGCCAAGCCAGCUCAGCCAAAAGAGGAUGAACACCAUUUAGAUUUAUUUUUCAAGCAUGGGUGCUUACACGAUUUGAAGGUUGAAAUACUACCAGUAGAAGGGACCACGGUCUCGCGAGUUUUCCAUGAGCAGUCAUUUCCGACAAUUUUAUACGCGGGCUCAAAGGUUCUUAUUCUCGCGCAGAUCUGCAUCAACCCGAAAUUGAUUGCGAGAUAUUCGAACAAAGCACAUCGGAGACAAAAAUCAGACGAAUUGAUAGCCGAGCUCGAAAGCCAGCUAGGAGAUUCUCAGAUGGCAUAUAUGAAAGUAAAAGUCACAUACAGCCAUUCCGCAUUUUCUGACUAUUUCGGUCAUGAGAUAUUGGUUGGUGUGGCUCAACGGUGCACGAGACUGGAAACGACAGCAGUCGGUGCCCUGAAGCGACACAAUAUUCGGUCCGCGUGGUCACCACCACCAGCGUACUCUGUUGACAGCAUCAAGUCCGCCAUGCAGAAGCACUGGAAAGCAGAUGUCGUUGCAGAAUGGUUGCAAAGAAUAAAGCAUUCGGGAAGGGGUGUAAAUGCAGGGCGCUUUCAGCAAGGAGAAGACGCCAAUGGAUCAUCACAACAGACGAUGACCCAGGUCCCAAUAGAGCGGCCCGCUGUUACCAUGGAAGAUAUGUAUCAGGUAAUGACCGUGAACCGCAUAUCAGAACCACGGAAGUACUUUCGGCCUUCCGACUCUCGAGGGGAGAAACGUGGGCCAAGGGAGGAUCCAAACAUGGGCUCAGUGAGGAGCAAGGGAACUCGGAGCCGCAACACAAGCGCCACGAUAAGCACGACAGGAUCACUGAGAAAGAAGAAAUCAUUUGCAGCAGGCAUCUGGAGAAGUCUGACCCCAUCUAUCAAUGCAUCCAAGACUGAUGGGGACGGGUCCGCGCAAGGGCCUUGGAACUGGAACGCAUGGUUCUAG